UCGAAAGUCCGAAAACCAAGAGACGCUGGGGAAAGGACUGGCUAGAAAGAGUCGAAAGACAGCCAAAGUAGGACUGCGAGGGGCCGCCACGGUCGGAAGCAACUAAAACCUCUUCCGCCUAAGAACUCUUGCAGUUUCAAGGCGGAGGGGAAGCGGCAUGAGAAAGAUGGAAUGGGCGGGACGGCCAAACCAUAUCGGAGGAAUUCCUCGACGGAUAGUGUUCAUGGCGGUAGGGGCAUUUGCCAAAGCGGUGGCCUCUCUUUUCAACUCUACCUCCGUUCAAAACGCCGAUACCCUAAUUCGUCUCGUCCGAUCGCGACCUCCUGGCAUUCCUCUCAUCACUGUUAGCAAUCACAUGUCGACGUUGGACGACCCAGUCAUGUGGGGAUUCAAGGGUUUUCCCUCAAUGGAUGCAAAGUUGGCACGGUGGGUACUAGCAGCUGAAGAUAUAUGCUUUAAAAAUGCAUUGCUGUCAUAUUUUUUCCGGCUCGUAAAUUACACAGGGAAAUGCAUACCAAUCACAAGGGGUGCUGGAAUUUAUCAAGAACACAUGAACGAAGCUCUUGAGCGCUUAAGUGAUGGAGCGUGGCUGCAUACAUUUCCAGAGGGAAAAGUGUCCCAGGAAGAUUCACCUAUUAGACGAUUAAAAUGGGGCACAGCCAGUCUCAUUGUUCGUGCCCCUGUAACCCCAAUAGUUUUGCCAAUUGUCCAUCAUGGUCUUGAAGAGGUGAUGCCAGAGAAUUUUUUUGUUGGCAGAAGGCCUCCUUUUCCUUUAUGGAAUAAGAAGAUAAAGAUAGUUGUUGGUGAACCCAUAGAAUUUGACCUUCCCAAAUUGAGGCAGGAGGCAGUCUCCACAUCCAGGAAUUUAUCAUUUCCUCGAGUAGGGUGGCCUAGUACUUCACCUUGUGGAUUAGAUGAAGCCGCACAGAGAUGUCUCUUCACUGCCAUUUCAGAGCAAAUUUGGGCGGUUAUGGAGAGGUUAAGAGAUUCAUUGAAACACUCCUAAAGUCAGGUUCAAAUUGUUGCUCAUCUUCUUUGAAGCCUGUUAGCGCGCAGGGAAAAUGCAGUUUUGACUGUCUUGAAAACCGUAGUUUUCUGUUGGGGUUGCUUUUUGAGGCUUAGAGGAAGAGACAGAUAACCACUGGCUCCAUCGCUGGCAGCAGGCAGCAGGGAGCAUGCACUCUCAUCCCAUUUUAAAUUUUUAGUCUUAAAUAUUUUGAGACUCCUGGGAAUAAGUUCUUAGGCUGAUAAAAAGAAAUGAAGAACAUGUGGCAUCAUUUCUAUGGUGGAGGGUGAGAUGGGGAAACGCGAAAACCAAGCAGCAUGAUUUUAGCUUCAAAGGUGCAAAUAAACGUGAGGAUAAGUCCCACUCCCAAAAGUACGAUAGAAACUUUCAAGCUGUAAACAGCAAACUAGUAUAUCUUCUUUUAUUGGUCAAUUGCAAUAAAACGCCAUCCCCAUCAAUCAGAUUAAAGGGCUAGUUUUAUUAAGCUAAAUA